AUUAUGAGAGAUCCUUUGUUCCAUGUAUGAGAAAAAGGUAGGACCUAGUGUUCUUGAACAGUUGAACUUACGUGAGCUAAAGUAAUUAAUCAUGUCAAUUAGUUGGAAGGCAUCAGGUUAUUGAUAUGUCAUUGGCUUUUACUGAUGCCUAACCUAACUGGCUCUUCACCACAAAUCAUGAGAUUUUAUGACUUUCCAUUUGCUUAUAUAAACAUUUUUUGAGAAGUUGCCAGUUGCCACCACAACAACUCUCCAAAAUACUAGAAAACUACUCAAAGCUUUCCUGUGCUUUCAUAACCGAAUUAGCAAUUGUAAUCGUUACUUUGUUCAUCUAAUUAAAGAUCAUGGCUAUUCGUGUUCCUCGUAUAAUCAAGAAGUCAUCAUCGACAUCCUUGGAUGUUCCCAAGGGCCAUUUUGCUGUUUAUGUUGGGGAGAUGCAAAAGAAGAGAUUUGUGAUUCCGAUAUCAUACUUGAGCCAGCCUUCAUUUCAAGACUUGCUAAGUCAAGCAGAGGAAGAAUUUGGCUUCGAUCAUCCAAUGGGCGGUGUAACAAUUCCCUGCUCAGAGGACAUCUUCAUUGGCAUCACUUCUCAGUUUAGGAUUUAAGUAUAUGCUUGAGAUCAUUUUUCCCUUUUUUCUUUUUGAGUCUCACAAUUUUGUAUACAAAGUAGGAGAUCCAUAUUGUACAGUUGAUUAGUUAGAAUCUAAGUAAAGCUUAGCACCACAAAGAUUGGUGCUUUUUGACUCA